AUGGCUGGCCAAGGUGAUGGUUCGGGUUGUAAUCAGGUCGAGGUUACAUUUGGAGAAUUUGAAGAAGAUUCAACCUCUCAAUGGACUCGAGGAGGUAGGCCAAUCAAAUCCACGGUAAAAGUUCAAGAAAUGCAGUGGACCACAGUGGGUGGGAGAGGAAACAAUGGAAAACGUGGCCGAGGCCGCGGACCAACUCGUUAG